UACCCGUACCCCGGCAGGCUUCGCGGGAAAAAGUGUUAUGGCGGAUGGCUGAUCGAUUGAGGACUCUUGAAAGCUUUGGCAAAAAGAUACUAUGGAUCGUGAUUUUGACGUUUUAGGUCAGUACCGUGCUAUUGCUUCAAAGCUAAAGAGGCGUUUCCUCAAAAAACCCAAUGUUUCUGAAGCGAGCGAUCAGUUUGGUUCUCUGGCCAAAGAAUUGAAACGACAGGACUGUCCACAAUAUGCCGGCUUUUGCAGUCUAGCAAAAGCGAGAUGCGAAAAUACGCUUUCUAACGCGACUGGAGAAGUCGAGGCACUUACCGAAGCAGCAAGAUUGUUUUUGGAAGCGGAGAAAAAUUGCGUGGAACUGAGGUGUCCUGCGUUUGAGGAACACUUGACCGAGGCAAUACACCUUUUCAACCAGGCGAUCAAGACACAUUGUGCUCAGGGGAACUCUGCACUAGGGGCUUGUUUGUGUCUGGAAAUAGGGGACGCCUUGAGACACAUGAACCGGCCCCACGAGGCCAUGGUCCAUUACCAGCAUGCGGCAGAGUUACAGCAUCAGAAUCCCAUAGAUGCUAUACAAUCCAUGACUUUAGUAGCAUCAUGUAAAAUUGAGACAGGUGAUUUUGAUGGUGCCUUGUCUGUGCUCACCGAGAUGGCCUAUUUUGCUGAGGAGCGAGGAGCCAUGGGCCAGCAACAAGGCAAACUACAAGGCCCAUAUCAAGAGAUCUUAGCACGCUGUGAAAUUGGGCGUGUCCUUCUAUUGAUGUUACUCCAACCGACACCACAACGUAUUCGUCCUCAGCAUGCUCAGAUAUUGGAGAAGUAUUCAGAGGAAAGUGACCUUGCCAAGUACCCAGUGGAUUAUAUGAACAAAGAUCUGUAUCUGUUGCUUCAGUCAGUAGUGAUGGUUUGUCAGUCACAUGAUGUAGAAGCCCUGAAGGAGCUUGAAAAGGAACUCUGGUCAUAUCUUGAACCUGAACAACAGCACCUGCUUCAUCUUAUCACUUUAAAAAUGUCAAAUAAAGGCGAAUGAUAGACAUUUUUAAGGGCUUUUAAUUACCAAUAAAACCUGUCAAAAAGGUUGUAGCCAGGUUAGUUGGUAGCACUUCGUUAAUAACAGGGUUUGUACGGGUCCUGGAGAACCUGGAAAGUCCUGGAACUUUAUUGUGGUAUUUUCCAGGACUUUCCAGUCCUGGAAAAGGGCUACUGGUCCU